AUGGAGCCUUUUCAAAAUGCUAAUAAAAUUCAUCAGUAUAGGAUAAGGAUUAGUAUGCCUUAUGCCAACAGUAAUUGUAAUAGGAAAAUAUGGUUCUUUGUAAAUGAUAAUAUAGAUGUGGAGAUUUUAGAGGACACUUCUCAACAAGUCACUCUGAAGUUGUUUUUUGAGGAAUUGGACAAGACCAUGGUUGUGACACUGGUUUAUGCAAAAUGUGAUGCUAUUGAGAGAUUGUCAUUAUGGGAUAGCAUGUAUUGCUUAGCAGAUAGUAUGACUGCUCCUUGGCUGAUUGGAGAUGACUUCAAUGUCAUCUUGAAUGAAGAAGAAAAUAUUGGUGGUCUACCUAUUUUGCCUCAAGAAUAUGAAGAUUUUGCCUUUUGUAUCAAUUCUUGUGAAUUAUCUGAAAUUAGUUUCAAGGGCAGUCCUUUCACUUGGUGGAAUGGUAGAGCAGAUCAAGAGUGUAUUUUUAAAAGGUUGGACAGGAUUCUUUCUAAUGAGCAGUUUCAAGAUUGGUUUGGACAUUUGGAAGUGGAUCACUUAGCAAGAACUAGCUCUGAUCAUGCCUCCAUGCUUCUUUCUUGUGAUUAUCAAAAUCAACACUUUAAAGUGAAGCAAGUUAAGACUGCUUUAUUUGUAUGGAGUAAGCAGACUUAUGGAGAUACUUUUAAGCAGCUCAGCAUCGGAGAAGAUGUUGUUAAGAUUAAGGAGCAAUUGUUUAAAGAAGUUCAAUCUGAAACAAAUAGAAUGAUUCUCCAAAGAGCACAGGCAGAAAUGAAAAAAUAUUUGCAUUAUGAGUAG